AUGGGGCUACACAUAUUUCCCAAAAAGAUUAUGCACCUGAUAAAUUUAAUCGUGUCGAUAAUAUGCCCAGCAAUAAAAACGUACAACUUGCUAGUAAAUAAAAAAGAUAAGCCACAAGAUGAGUUCGUUCAGUAUAUCCACUUCCUCACCUACUGGAUUAUGUACUCUCUGUAUACGUACCUGGAAUCCAUUUUCAUAGUUCACUUAACCAAUUAUAUUCCUUUUUAUUCAGAAUUAAAGGUGGCCUUUUUUUUUUGGUUAUAUAGUGACACCUUCCAGGGCGCUGGCUAUAUUUAUUUUAAAUGGAUCGAAAAGAAUUACGCUCCUUUGGAUAAAAAAUUGUGUGAAUUACUGCACGAUAAGAUCCCCAAAAAUUUGGUCAAUAUGUUUUACUUUGAAAAAUCCAACAAAAAAAUACACAACAAAAUUAAGAGCAUUGUCUCCAAGAAGGAUUUGUACUGA